AUGUCGUCUGCACCUUCUAAUUCCACAAAAGAAAACAUCCAAACCCGCCAAAGUCGUGACAAAAAGACGAAGGAAGUCGCGCAACUCUCUUUUUUGACGUGGAUACUCAACGAACAAUUUUCGUUCACUUUUCAACGCCCGAAGAAACGGUCAACAGUCAACUUCUGUUUUCCAGACUUGCUCGAAAUAGACUUCGGGAAGGACAAAAUGGACAUGACAAAAUUUUUGAAUGAGAGGGUGGAGGAAGAUUUUACGCAGUUUUGCAAAUCAAUGACAGUCAAACAGGCGAGUCGUAAAGUCGACCACCUGAAACGAGUAUAUAUCAACAACUAUUUAACCGACUUGGCGGUGCACAGUGGUGUUGCUAUUCAAAGCAAAUCAACCAAAAAAGACUUGGAGCAGAUGGAGAGGUUUGUCGAAAUACAAUUCAGAGGAGAGACGUUUGGGCAAAAUAGUAUCAUCGAGGCGGGUGUCGAGAUCAACGUCCACCUCAUGGAGUUCUUGGGAGAGAACACCAUCGUAAAUAUACCAAAAGGACAAUUGUUUAACUCAUUUUCUUUGUAA